CGGGAGAGCCUAUAUAAGGGUCGCGCCAGCGGUGUGACGCACUUAGAUCCGCUUGACUCUACGUGACUGUUUGUCUGUCUGGAGCGCCGUCCUUGCGAAAAUGCAGAUCUUUGUGAAAACCUUGACGGGCAAAACCAUCACCCUAGAAGUAGAGCCCAGCGACACCAUUGAGAAUGUCAAGGCCAAAAUCCAGGACAAAGAAGGCAUUCCUCCAGACCAGCAGAGGCUGAUCUUUGCCGGAAAGCAGCUGGAAGAUGGGCGCACCCUGUCCGACUACAACAUCCAGAAAGAAUCCACUCUGCACUUGGUCCUGCGCCUCCGAGGUGGUAUGCAGAUCUUUGUGAAAACCUUGACGGGCAAAACCAUCACCCUAGAAGUAGAGCCCAGCGACACCAUUGAGAAUGUCAAGGCCAAAAUCCAAGACAAAGAAGGCAUUCCUCCAGACCAGCAGAGGCUGAUCUUUGCCGGAAAGCAGCUGGAAGAUGGGCGCACCCUGUCCGACUACAACAUCCAGAAAGAAUCCACUCUGCACUUGGUCCUGCGCCUCCGAGGUGGUAUGCAGAUCUUUGUGAAAACCUUGACGGGCAAAACCAUCACCCUAGAGGUAGAGCCCAGCGACACCAUUGAGAAUGUCAAGGCCAAAAUCCAGGACAAAGAAGGCAUUCCUCCAGACCAGCAGAGGCUGAUCUUUGCCGGAAAGCAGCUGGAAGAUGGGCGCACCCUGUCCGACUACAACAUCCAGAAAGAAUCCACUCUGCACUUGGUCCUGCGCCUCCGAGGUGGUAUGCAGAUCUUUGUGAAAACCUUGACGGGCAAAACCAUCACCCUAGAGGUAGAGCCCAGCGACACCAUUGAGAAUGUCAAGGCCAAAAUCCAAGACAAAGAAGGCAUUCCUCCAGACCAGCAGAGGCUGAUCUUUGCCGGAAAGCAGCUGGAAGAUGGGCGCACCCUGUCCGACUACAACAUCCAGAAAGAAUCCACUCUGCACUUGGUCCUGCGCCUCCGAGGUGGUAUGCAGAUCUUUGUGAAAACCUUGACGGGCAAAACCAUCACCCUAGAAGUAGAGCCCAGCGACACCAUUGAGAAUGUCAAGGCCAAAAUCCAAGACAAAGAAGGCAUUCCUCCAGACCAGCAGAGGCUGAUCUUUGCCGGAAAGCAGCUGGAAGAUGGGCGCACCCUGUCCGACUACAACAUCCAGAAAGAAUCCACUCUGCACUUGGUCCUGCGCCUCCGAGGUGGUAUGCAGAUCUUUGUGAAAACCUUGACGGGCAAAACCAUCACCCUAGAGGUAGAGCCCAGCGACACCAUUGAGAAUGUCAAGGCCAAAAUCCAAGACAAAGAAGGCAUUCCUCCAGACCAGCAGAGGCUGAUCUUUGCCGGAAAGCAGCUGGAAGAUGGGCGCACCCUGUCCGACUACAACAUCCAGAAAGAAUCCACUCUGCACUUGGUCCUGCGCCUCCGAGGUGGUAUGCAGAUCUUUGUGAAAACCUUGACGGGCAAAACCAUCACCCUAGAAGUAGAGCCCAGCGACACCAUUGAGAAUGUCAAGGCCAAAAUCCAAGACAAAGAAGGCAUUCCUCCAGACCAGCAGAGGCUGAUCUUUGCCGGAAAGCAGCUGGAAGAUGGGCGCACCCUGUCCGACUACAACAUCCAGAAAGAAUCCACUCUGCACUUGGUCCUGCGCCUCCGAGGUGGUAUGCAGAUCUUUGUGAAAACCUUGACGGGCAAAACCAUCACCCUAGAAGUAGAGCCCAGCGACACCAUUGAGAAUGUCAAGGCCAAAAUCCAAGACAAAGAAGGCAUUCCUCCAGACCAGCAGAGGUUGAUCUUUGCCGGAAAGCAGCUGGAAGAUGGGCGCACCCUGUCCGACUACAACAUCCAGAAAGAAUCCACUCUGCACUUGGUCCUGCGCCUCCGAGGUGGUAUGCAGAUCUUUGUGAAAACCUUGACGGGCAAAACCAUCACCCUAGAAGUAGAGCCCAGCGACACCAUUGAGAAUGUCAAGGCCAAAAUCCAAGACAAAGAAGGCAUUCCUCCAGACCAGCAGAGGCUGAUCUUUGCCGGAAAGCAGCUGGAAGAUGGGCGCACCCUGUCCGACUACAACAUCCAGAAAGAAUCCACUCUGCACUUGGUCCUGCGCCUCCGAGGUGGUAUGCAGAUCUUUGUGAAAACCUUGACGGGCAAAACCAUCACCCUAGAAGUAGAGCCCAGCGACACCAUUGAGAAUGUCAAGGCCAAAAUCCAAGACAAAGAAGGCAUUCCUCCAGACCAGCAGAGGCUGAUCUUUGCCGGAAAGCAGCUGGAAGAUGGGCGCACCCUGUCCGACUACAACAUCCAGAAAGAAUCCCUCUGCACUUGGUCCUGCGUUUAAGGGGCGGUAACUGAACUUGCUCCUGCUAGCAUCUGAAUAAAAAUUUCACUGCACCUUGUUCCAAUAAAGUUGUUGCAUUCACAA